AUGGCCUCACCGGCAUUGCUUAUGAAUGGAAAUCUAGCUAAAAACAUCUUAAAUGGAGGUUCAAGUGCUGGAUCAGCUGCUUCAGUAGGGACACCAGGUCCCAGCAAUGGUGGAGGUCUAAACCUAGAAGGAAAUGGCAUGACUGGUGCGAUUACACCUGCUAAGACGAUAUCAGGAAGUGCAUUAUCGACAAACCCAACAUUAACGGUCCCAACGAAAGCGAUAUCUGCGAACUCCCCACAAGCACAGAGCAUGACGGGGAAUACAUCAUCAAGCAAACGACUCGAUGUAGACACGAUAAUGAUAGAGUUUCAGAAAUCUCUAGGAGACAACUGGGAUCGAUACAGAGACGUGAUCACAAGUUUUCUAAUAGGAAGACUGACACGAUUUGAACUACAAGAAGAGCUAGAUCAGAUUCUCGACAAAAACGCGAUAAAACUACAUAACCAUUUCCUACUAACGAACCUGGCCAAUUCACUACGAGAUCCUCCACCAGGAGAACAGGGCUCGUUGUCAGGAUGGUUCAAAAAACAGAAGGAUGGGGCACGCAAUGUCAAGGGUGAUUCACAGCUAGCGAAGCUGAAAGAAGACAUCCUUGGACUCAGCGUGCGAGAAAGAAAGCGUAUCAAGGCCAUUGCGAGGGUAAGAAAGAGGCACAAUCAACCGCUGUUUCAAGCGAGAGGCUCCAACCCCGAAAGUUUAAACAGCAGGGCAUCCACGCCCGACUCGAGCUAA